AUGAAAGCAUUGAUCACGCUUGCAUUCAUCUUACUUGUACCUAGCGUGCUGAAUCAAAAUUUGAAGAUUGAAGAUCUUUCCCAGUUCAUAGCAGGUGAUUUUACCCCGAGGGUAUUUGAAGGACAAAGUCGAAGAGAUGCAAAUCAAGCUAUGAAAGCAAUAUUUUCGCUUUCUAAGCAGAACCUAGUAAAAGAAGCCUACAGCAUUAACUCUGAGGUCUACGAUAAAAUUAUGGACACAAUCAGACAGGUCUCCAACUUCAAUUCAUCUGAGAUUUAUCAGAAGGCAAAGAAUCUGAAAAUCUUGCCAUCCAAUACAGACCUAAAAUCUUUUGGAAAUGAGACAAACUCUGUCGUUUUCUAUUGUGGAUCUAAAGAACAUGCAAUGCUGUGUGAAAUUUUCAAGAUCGCCUCUCCUGAUCCCAAACCCGAGUAUUUAUGGAAGGUCCUUAUUUACAACAGUGGCGAUGAGUUGGAGUAUCACCCAGAGUACCAUGUUGGCCCAAGGAAGCAAUAUUCACCAGUUGUCAUAUAUGAGGGUCCUCCGUUUCUUAUCAAUGAAGCCUGGGUUGAGGC